AGAGACACACCCUGAGAGCACUCUUUUCUCAUCUCCGUGCAGGCGCCAUCAAUCAGCCAACAGAGGUUGUAAUUGCACCAGUCAUGGGAGAGAGACCCCAUCCGGCUUAGUCCCGCCCAUAUCUGAACAACAGGCCAAUCGUUGUUUAUUUGGCCGCUCAGCCUCAGCCGGCAGGCAGAGUUAAGAUUCGAUACGAUGUAUUCGAGAUCCCAGCUCUGGUUCCAGCGUGUGUUUUUACCGCUGCGCCACCGGAUGUAUUAUGGCUUUAAUACAAUGUAAUUUGGCAACACUAUAUUAGAGUUUUUUUUUUUUUAUAUGACCUUUAAUCAUAUACAUUUACAUUUCCAGCAUUUUGCAGAUGCUUUUAUCUAAAGCGACAGUAUACAAUCUAUAUCUAAGCAAUUGAUGGUUAAGUGCCCAACAGCAGAAACCUGGCAGUGGUGGGGCUUGAACCAGCGACAUUCUGAUAACUAGUCCAGUACCUUAACCACUAUGCUACGGCUUGCCUAGUUUGGCUAUACUGUAGUAUAGUUUCAAGAAGUUUGGAUACUAUCCAGUAUCGAGUUACAGCUGUCAGCCGGCAUCGGUCAACGUGCGUCCUGGCGCUCGGGUUACGACGCACAGCAGAAGUUAGGAAACGUUCGACCUGGCACAAGCCGGACGUUGAAGUGGCUUGUUGUGACCGCACUGCUGAUCAAAGUGCAAAGCAACAAGUGUGACUAUCAAGUCCUCAUAUUAUCAAGAAUCCCGUCUGAUCCUGUUGUCUGGUCGACUUCAGUUCAGAAGAAGGCCUGUUGAUUCAUGUGUGUAAUGCUUAAGUCAUUAAACCUGCCUGGGAGAUCAAGUUGACCAACUGAACGUUUCUGACGGUACUCGCUGGCUGUUUUGUGUCUGUGUUUGUUCAGUGAUACAGCGCUCGUGUGUUCUUGUUCUGCAGAUUAACAGGUAUGCCCAAGGAGAAAUAUGAGCCUCCAGACCCACGCAGGCUGUACACGAUCAUGUCUGCGGAGGAGGCGGCCAAUGGAAAGAAAUCCAACUGGGCUGAGUUAGAAAUUACAGGGCGAGUGAAGAACCUGAGCAGUUCGCUAUGGACGCUCACCCAUCUGACCGCCCUGCACAUCAGCAACAACAACCUCAGCCGCCUCCCUCCGGAAAUCGCCAAGCUUCCUCACCUGGUUUACCUUAACCUGUCCUCCAACAAGCUCCGCAGCCUGCCGGCGGAACUCGGCAACAUGGUGUGCCUCAGGGAAUUACUUUUGAACAACAACUGUUUGCGGGUUUUGCCUUACGAACUCGGGCGGCUGUUCCGCUUACAAACCCUCGGUCUGAAAGGAAACCCACUUUCCCAGGAUAUUCUCAACCUGUACCAGGAGCCCGAUGGAACAAGAAAGCUGUUGAAUUAUAUGCUUGACAAUCUUGCAGUCCAUCCAGAACAACUCCCCCAAAGACCCUGGAUCACGCUGAAGGAGCGAGACCAAAUGAUGCCCACAGCCGUGUUCACGAUCAUGUGUUACAACGUGCUUUGCGACAAAUAUGCAACCAGGCAGCUGUACGGCUACUGUCCAUCCUGGGCUCUCAACUGGGAGUACAGGAAGAAGGGCAUCAUGGAGGAGAUCACCAACUGCGAUGCUGACAUCAUCAGUUUACAGGAAGUGGAAACCGAGCAGUACUACACGUUCUUCUUGGAAACCCUGAAGGAGCGUGGGUACGACGGCUAUUUCUGUCCCAAGUCUCGUGCCAAACUGGUGUCCGAGCAAGAGAGGAAGCACGUGGACGGCUGCGCUGUCUUCUUCAAGACGGAAAAAUUUGCACUGGUUCAGAAACACACGGUGGAGUUCAAUCAGGUGGCCAUGGCCAACUCGGAAGGUUCGGAGGUCAUGCUGAACCGGGUCACGACCAAAGACAACAUUGGGGUCGCCGUGCUGCUGGAGGUCAAGAAGGAGCUGUUUACUGGAGGUCUAAACCCCCCGGUAGAGAAGCAGCUCCUGCUGGUGGCUAACGCCCACAUGCACUGGGACCCUGAAUACUCGGACGUCAAGCUCAUCCAGACUGUGAUGUUCCUGUCCGAGCUGAAGAGCAUCGCGGAGAGGGCGUCGAGCCCGGACGGCUCCGGGUCCCCCGCCACGGACUCCGUAUCCAUACCCAUCGUCCUGUGUGCCGACCUCAACUCGCUCCCAGACUCUGGUGUGGUGGAAUACCUGAGCAACGGCGGCGUGGCGGAGAACCACAAAGACUUCAAAGAGUUACGCUACACUGACUGUCUGAACAACUUCAGCUGCAACGGCAAGAACGGCAAGCCGGACGGUAGCAUCACGCACAGCUUUCAGCUGAAGAGCGCCUACGAGAGCCAUCUGAUGCCUUACACCAACUACACCUACGACUUCAAGGGUGUGAUCGAUUACAUUUUCUUCUCCAAGACUCACAUGAAAGUGCUGGGUGUGCUGGGUCCCCUGGAGACCCAGUGGCUGGUGGAUAACUGCAUCGCCGGAUGUCCCCACCCGCACAUCCCCUCGGAUCACUUCUCCCUCCUGGCCCAGCUGGAGUACCAGUCCCCCCCGUCCCCCCUCAACGGGCUCCACCUGGCCAUCCCCAGGUAGUGGCGGAACACGGCCAUUCUUCCGUUCGCUCCUUUUUAACCUUUGCACAGGACGUUUUUAUUCGACACGACGCGAAUGAAGAGAAAAAAGAAAAGCUCCGUACCAAAUUAGGGCUGGGAUUCAACUUUCACUACGGCAGAACGGAUCCGGACGCGGCUUCGUCCGAACUGAACUGAACUGAACUGGGAGACGUCAGACCGGGUACUUAUGCAAUAGUCGUCAUCUAGCAUGACGUCAACCAAUGGUGUUCGAUCAGUCGUUUCUAUUUUUAUCGAUAACGUUUUAUGUCCUGCUUGUGUUUUAUUCAUGAAACACUUUUAAUAGAAGCGACUGCAUAUGUGUGAAUUUAUGCCAAUCAACUGAAGUACAAAUAUUUGCAUUAUAGACGCUCCUCACUUAACGACCUAACUUACGAUGGCAGCAUGGCAUCUCGCUGCCAAGGGUCUCAUCUCGCCUCACUUUUUUUUCAGUCUUGGUCUCAUUCCUGCAGUCGGUACUUGUUAUGUCUAUAAAUUUGUACUUUAUUAUGAAACAAACCUCCUUUAUAGCGUUUCAUUAUUUUGAAUAAUCCAAUUGCCCGAUUGCGUCACGCACGCUUCCUCUCCACCGAUGCCGAUCCCCGCUCUGAUUGAGGAGAACGAAGCUAACCCAUGCCCCCUCCGACACGUGGGCAGCAGCCGUAUGCAUCUUAUCACCAACACUUUGACGAGUGCAGUGCAGCUCAGCUCUGUGUACGGAGAGACGCACCCUGACAGCACUCUUUUCUUAUCUCUGUGCAGGCGCCAUCAAUCAGCCAACAUUAGUUAUGAAACAGAGACUGCAUCCGGCUUAAUCCCACCCAUAUCUGAACAACAGGCCAAUCGUCGGCAGGCAGAGCUGAGACUCGAUACGAUGUAUUCGAGAUCCAGCUCUGGUGUGUUUUUACCGCUGCGCCCCUUGAGCGGCCCUUAGCCGUUAGUAUUUACUUGCAAACCUAAGUCAUGUAUAUUCUACUGAUUUUUCUAUUCUGUUUAUUAUAGUUUACGGUCAAAAAAAUGGGUCGCAGAAAAAAAAGUACGAAGAAAUAAACUCAUUUUAAAAGGUACAUGAAAACAAAAUGAAUUUGUACAUGAGCGCCCCCUUGUGGAGGCUUUACGUUACAUUUUGUAAACUACUGUGAGACCAGAUAUGCCAUUAUUUUUAUUAAUUAAGUAUAUUUCAUUUUGUGUUUUAUAUUGAUUCAUUGUUUGUGUUGCUCUACAAAAUAUACUAUAAACGCUCCAAAGGUACAUCAAAACAACAUCUAAAGAUCUAUAGAUCGACACAAACCCACUACCAGUACAGUAUACUUGAAAUAUCAGGCCGGUUCCUAGUCGUAUGAACAGAACCCAGUCGUUACGUGAGGAGCGUCUGUAUUAUUUAUUACGGAAUUGCAGUGUUUGGUACUUUGGUAAGUUCCCCGUCUACCGUUGUCUUUAUUGUAGGGGACUAGAAAACUUUUCAAAUUGAGAAACUAUGACACGUGCAAAUGCGGCUGAAAUGGAACUGAAGCAAUCUGACUGUGUACAUUCUUAUAUUUGAUAAUAACGUUAUAAACAAAUUAUGCAACGUUGGUGUUUUUAACAGCAUUAAAGAGGAUCCCAGCAUUACUGCUUUACACUCGG